AUGAUUCACCUCAUGAAGUUUGACAUGGGCGGCGCUGCUGCUGUGCUGGGCGCUGCCAAGGCCAUCGCUGCCAUCCAGCCUCAGGGCGUGCAGGUGAACAACACGGACGCGGAGGGGCGGCUGACACUGGCGGAUGCGCUGCUGUACGCGCAGCAGCAGGGCGUGGAGAAGAUCGUUGAUGUCGCCACCCUCACUGGCGCCUGCAUCAUCGCCCUCGGGAAUGACAUUGCUGGUCUGUUCACCCCGAGCGAUGAGCUGUCAGCAGAACUGGAAGCUUCCUCUCGGGCGUGUGGCGACAAGGUGUGGCGCAUGCCCAUGGAGGAGGCGUACUGGGAGGGUAUGCGCAGCAAGCAUGCCGACAUGCUCAACACUAGCGGGCGCGAGGGCGGCUCCAUCACUGCUGCGCUCUUUCUUAAGCAGUUUGUGGCGGAGGGGCUGCCAUGGGCGCAUGUGGACAUUGGCCGGUGUGGAGUGAGAAGAAGGGCGGCGGCACUGGCUUUGGUGCCAGCCUGCUCUACCACUGGGUCGCCUCCCACUCCUCGCUAG